UCAGCUCGGCCCCGCCCCCGGCCGUAGAAGUCUGCGCGCGAACUCCGUGGCGCGAAUUUGGUACUGCAGUGUAGCGCCCUGCGGUUCCGGGUGUGACGCUCUGGCCAGCGGUGUCUGGCCCGGAGAGAGGAACAGCCGACUGAGAAGAGGAGGCUGAGAGGGGAGAGAGAAUUCUGACGCCAUCAUGCAGCGAAGUAUCAUGUCAUUUUUCCAGCCCAAGGAAGAGGGCAAAGCAAAGAAGCCAGAGAAGGAGACAUCCAACAGUACCAGAGAAAUAGAGUCCCCUCCAAAGGUGGCACUGAAGGAGCGGAAUAGAGUGGUGCCCGAGGGCGACUCUCCAGUAAGGAGGCCUGGGAGGAAGGUGGCCCGGGUGCUGGGCAGCGAAGGGGAGGAUGAGGAGGACGCCUCCACGCCCCCCAAACGCCAGAAACUUGCUCCAGACUCUCCACAAGUCUCCCAUCCCGGUCCUGUCUCUUUUCCUGAGAGCAGCCCUUCCCUCUCCAGCUCCUCUCCGGAGGUCAUCUCCCCAUCAGGGAUCCCGAAGCGUCGCACAGCCCGGAAGCAGCUGUCCAAACGGACAUUUCAGGAUGUCCUGGAAGAGCAGAGCGAGGACAAGGACAGAGAAGCUAAGAGGCCGAAGACGGAAGAAGAAGCCGAGACACCAACAGAAAGCCUCACAGAGCCUGAAGUGAGCAAAAAGCAGGAAGCAGAAGAAGGGGACCAGCCCACAACGCCCCCUGAGCCCCCAAAGACUGCCACAGAGUCCCCGGCGGUAGCGGUGGCGGUGGCAGCAAGCAUCUCGGGGCCCGAGGUGGCGGCGAAGCAGGCAGUGCAGGAGGAUGGCCAGGCGAAGCCUCCCCCCAGAACUCUCAAGACGCUCAGCAGUUUCUUCUCCCCCCGGAAGCCGGCAGCUAAAAAAGAAGUGAACGAAGAGGGACCCAGCGCCCUACGAAAGGACGAGGCCACGGGACACCCGGACCCUCCCAGCUACAAUCCUGCCAAGAACAACUACCAUCCCGUCCAGGAUGCCUGCUGGCAGGCGGGCCAGAGGGUCCCCUACCUGGCCGUGGCCCGGACCUUUGAGAAGAUUGAGGAGGUUUCUGCACGGCUCCGCAUGGUCGAGACGCUGAGCAACCUGCUGCGCUCCGUGGUGGCCCUGUCACCUGCGGACCUCCUCCCCGUCCUCUACCUCAGCCUCAACCGCCUGGGGCCGCCCCAGCAGGGCCUGGAGCUCGGCAUCGGCGACGGCAUCCUUCUCAAGGCAGUGGCCCAGGCCACAGGUCGGCAGCUCGAGUCAGUCCGGGCUGAGGUGGCCGAGAAGGGCGACGUGGGGCUGGUGGCCGAGAGCAGCCGAAGCACCCAAAGGCUCGUGCUGCCCCCGCCCGCCCUCACCGCUGCCGGCGUCUUCACCAAGUUCCGGGAUAUCGCGCAGCUGGCGGGCAGCGCGUCCACAGCCAAGAAGAUGGAAAUCAUCAAAGGCCUCUUUGUGGCCUGUCGCCACUCAGAAGCGCGAUUCAUCGCCAGAGCCCUGAGUGGACGGCUGCGCCUCGGGCUGGCUGAGCAGUCGGUGCUGGCGGCCCUCGCCCAGGCCGCGAGCCUCACGCCCCCAGGCCAAGGUGAAAUUCCCCCCGCCAUGGUGGAUGCUGGGAAGGGCAAGACAGCAGAAGCCAGGAAGACGUGGCUGGAGGAGCAGGGCAUGAUCCUGAAACAGACGUUCUGCGAGGUGCCCGACCUGGACCGGAUCGUCCCUGUGCUGCUGGAGCACGGCCUGGAACGUCUACCGGAGCACUGCAGGCUGAGCCCAGGGGUCCCCCUGAAACCAAUGCUGGCGCACCCCACGCGGGGCGUCAGCGAGGUCCUGAAACGCUUUGAGGAGGCAGCUUUCACCUGCGAGUACAAAUACGAUGGGCAGAGAGCACAGAUCCACGUUCUGGAAGGCGGCGAGGUGAAGAUCUUCAGCAGGAACCAGGAAGACAACACCGGAAGGUACCCCGACAUCAUCAGCCGCAUCCCCAAGAUUAAACUCCCAUCCGUCACAUCCUUCAUUCUGGAUGCGGAAGCCGUGGCUUGGGACCGGGAAAAGAAGCAGAUCCAGCCAUUCCAAGUGCUCACCACCCGCAAACGCAAGGAGGUGGACGCGGCAGAGAUCCAGGUGCAGGUGUGUCUCUACGCCUUCGACCUCAUCUACCUCAACGGAGAGUCCCUGGUUCGGGAGCCCCUUUCCCGACGGCGGCAGCUGCUCCGGGAGAACUUCGUGGAGACGGAGGGCGAGUUUGUCUUCGCCACCUCCCUGGACACCAAGGACACGGACCAGAUCGCCGAGUUCCUGGAGCAGUCAGUGAAAGACUCCUGCGAGGGCCUGAUGGUGAAGACCCUGGAUGUCGAUGCCACCUACGAGAUCGCCAAGAGGUCGCACAACUGGCUCAAGCUGAAGAAGGACUACCUUGAUGGCGUGAGCGACACCCUGGACCUGGUGGUGAUCGGCGCCUACCUAGGCCGGGGAAAGAGGGCCGGUCGGUACGGGGGCUUCCUGCUGGCCUCCUAUGAUGAGGAGAGUGAGGAGCUGCAGGCCAUAUGCAAGCUCGGAACUGGCUUCAGCGACGAGGAGCUGGAGGCGCAUCACCAGAGCCUCCAGGCCCUGGUGCUGCCCGCCCCCCGCUCCUACGUUCGCGCCGACGGGGCUGUGGCCCCCGACCACUGGCUGGACCCCAGCGCCGUGUGGGAGGUGAAGUGCGCCGACCUCUCCCUCUCCCCCAUCUACCCCGCCGCCCGGGGCCUGGUGGACAGCGAGAAGGGCAUCUCCCUUCGCUUCCCUCGGUUUAUUCGAGUCCGUGACGACAAGAAGCCGGAAGAGGCCACCACCAGCGCUCAGGUGGCCUGUCUGUACCGGAAACAAAGUCAGAUUCAGAACCAGCAAGGCACAGGGCCCGACUCCGACCAGGAAGAUUUCUACUAGCCCUCCCAGAGGCUGCGGGCAGAGGGUGGCAGCAGCGUCGCCUCUUGCUCAGCGCAUCUGGAGUUGCCGUCUGUGUGGGUUGUGUGUGUGAAGGGGUUGUUUCAGCUGGAGUCUGGGGGGCGGUCCGUUUUUUUUUCAAUAAAUAAUUAUUGACCACC